GGACGAGGGACACAAGAUACGCAACCCGGACAGCGAGAUAACGCUGGUGUGCAAGCAGCUCCACACCGUCCACCGCCUCAUCCUCAGCGGCUCCCCCAUCCAGAACCGCCUGGCGGAGCUCUGGUCGCUCUUCGACUUCAUCUUCCCGGGAAAGCUGGGCACACUGCCGGUCUUCCAGGCGCAGUUUGCGGUGCCAAUACAGGUUGGCGGCUACGCCAACGCCUCCCCCCUGCAGGCCACCACCGCCUUCCGCUGCGCGCUGGUGCUCCGCGACCUCAUUGCGCCCUACCUGCUGCGGAGGCGGAAGGCGGAUGUGGCGACACAGCUGCCCGCGAAGACGGAGCAGGUGUUGUUCUGCACGCUGCUGCCGGAGCAGGUGCAGCUCUACCGGGCGUACCUGGCCAGCAAGGAGGUGGGUGAGAUCCUGGAGGGCAGUCGGCGGGCGCUGAGCGGUAUCGACAUCCUGCGCAAGAUCUGCAACCACCCCGACCUGCUGGAGAGGGCAACGGGGCAGGCGGCGGAGGACUAUGGCAACCCCUGCCGCUCCGGCAAGCUGCGAGUUGCGGAGCGCGUGCUGGCCUCCUGGCAGGCCGCGGGGCACAAGGCGCUGCUGUUCUGUCAGACACAGCAGAUGCUGGACAUCGUUGAGAAGCUGGCGGCGGGGCGGGGCUGGAGGUACCACCGCAUGGAUGGGGGCACACCGGUGGGGGCGCGGGCGCGGCUGAUUGACGACUUCAAUGGGCGGCCCGAGGUGUUCCUAUUCCUGUUGACAACCAAGGUUGGCGGCCUGGGUGUGAACCUGACGGGCGCCAGCCGGGUGCUGUUGUACGACCCGGACUGGAACCCAUCCACCGAUAUACAGGCUCGCGAGCGCGCCUGGCGCAUCGGUCAGUCCCGCCCCGUCACCAUCUACCGGCUCAUCACCGCGGGUACCAUCGAGGAGAAGGUGUACCACCGCCAGAUAUACAAGAACUUCCUGACCAACAAGGUCCUCCGUGACCCGCGUCAGAAGCGCUUCUUCACCUCCCGGGACAUCUCCGAGCUCUUCACCCUGGGGCCCGAGUACGACACACGCAAGAGGAGG